AUGCCACCAACCCAAUUGACCCGGAUUCCACAAACGGUCCUUGACCUCGGCGGCGAGCUAGAGGAAUUAGUCUACAUCAAGACAGCAAUUGGAAUCUACGACCGAAGCAUGUUGGCAAUCAUCAAUUCGACAACCACUCCCGCACAGCUCAAUCUCCACCGCGGAUCCUGGCUACAGGCCAAGGUGAAAGUGGCAUCUUUGCACCGGAGCAUCGUGGCGGAUUUCAAUCGAUUGCCCCGUCAUAUGAAACGAACCUUUGUGAGGUCUUAUCGUUCGACUUUAAAUGAGCAUGGGUUUCGGCCUUCGGCUGAUGAUUUGGAGAUUACUCGUCCUGGUAGUAGGAGGAUUGUUAUUGUGCUUUGA